AUGGAUGGCUUACGGGUGGUCGCCGGGGUGCUGGAGUCUGUUCUGCGGGAUGAGCAGACCUCGACCCUGUUCGGGGAGCCUGUGGACCCGGUAGCCCUGGGCCUGGACGACUACUUCGAUGUGGUCAAGCAGCCGGCAGAUCUGGGCACCAUCCUGGCGAACGUGAGAGCCAGCCUGGCCGGGACUGGGCCCUAUUCCCACCCCCGCCAGGUGGCCGAUGCCGUCGCCCUGGUCUGGUCCAACUGCAAUCUAUACAAUGAUCGGCCAGUGGACAAGCCCAUACGGGAUGCAGCAGCGAGAUCAAAAUCACUCCUCGAUCGAGCAUGGGCCGCUGCAGGGCUGGGCAGGGAGCCGGCCACCCCCGCUCCAUCGGCCUCCAAGGGUGCGGCCCCAGAGAACCCAGGUCUAGAGGCGCCCACGGCGACGACGCUGCCCCUGCUCCGCGUCGACAAUUUCCGGAUCGUGUCCGCCAGCGACGGCGAGGCGUACCGCCUGGAGCAGCUCCCCGCCGCCCCCGGCUCCGACGCCAGGCUGGAGGGCGAGGUGGCGGGCGAGCCGGGUUCCCGCUUCUCCUGCCACGUCGCCGAUUGGGUGCUGGACCACAGCGCCGAGGCCGGCCCCAGCCUCGCCUUGGAGGACGGGGUCUGGGUGCUCUCCCCUGAGGCCUGGGUCGCGCUGGGGGAGCCCCAUCCCUCCUACGCGGAUGUGUGGUCGGGGACGCAGACCCUUGUGCGCCUGACACUGGCCGCGCGGGCCGAGCUGGGCGCCGGCACGCGCCUGGAGGACAUCACCGCCGCGGUCGAAAGCGCGGCCGCGGUGCUGCAGGCCGGGUCGGGCCUGCGGGGCAAGCGCAAGACGCACGGCGAUCGAGCGGGGCGGAGGUCUGUGCUGGGGGGCCGCUUCAGGCUAGGCGAGGGCCCCAGCGUCGAGGACGAGCUGGCGGGCAUCAGCGACGACGACAUGCCCGCAGACUUUGAGGCUUCGGCUGUCUGGGAGUUUGUCCAGACGUUUGGCGACGUCCUGGGCGUCCCUCCCUUCUCGCUCCCGGCACUGGAGGCAGCGCUGGACCCGGGACCACACCUGCCCCACCAUACCGUGAAGGCUGCCCCCGCAAGUGAGCGUGCUGAGGUGCCUGCCGCUGCGACAGACGCCCUGCAGGCCGUGAAGCGGGAGGAGGAGCCCCAGGUCGGCCUUGCGACGCCUGGAGGCGCUCCAGAGCCGAAUGGAGUGGCUGGUGGCGCGGAUGAGGAGAAGGCCGACGUGGAGAUGGCCGAGGCUGUGGGUGCUGGCCAAGAGAAUGACGGAGCGGAUGAUGCCAUGGGCGAGGCAGAGGCGCCUGGCGGCACAGCGGCUCCUGCCGCAGAAGAAACGCUCGGCACCGAGGCGCCUGCUGACGAUGAGGCGCAUUUUGAACCAGCGCAACCAGCCAGCGAGGCGGCCGCCGACGCGCCGGGCUCCGGCACGGAGGAGGACCAGUCCGCACCGCAGGGAAAGGCGUCCGAGGGCCCCAUGGUCAAGGCCAAGCGCCAGGGCUGCCGCAAGUUCCCCAAGGUUGCGCCGCAGAACGUCAUCUCCAACCCCACGAUCCGCACCCGGCGCCAGCUGCUGGGGCCGGCAGCGACGCAGAGCGGCGGCGGCUCGCCGCGUGCCCCCGAGGAGGGCCUCAAGAUCAAGCUCAAGGUCCCAGGCCUGGCGGAGGGGUCUGCGCCGCACGAUGAGUCGGCCCCCCAGCCCCCGAUGGAGCCUGUCGCCACCCCUGCCGCACCGUUCCCCGGCCAGUUUGCAACGCCCGGCGCGGCGCAGGCGGCCAUCGCGGCGCAUGCCGACCUGCUCCAGCGCCGCUACGGCCUGGGGCUGGAGGCCUUUGCGCGCCUGGCGCCCGUGGACUGGUCCUCGGCGCCGGCGGCGCUGCUAUCGCGCGACGCGCGCCUGGCGGUGCUCACCGCGCUGGUGGACAUGGCGCUGGCCUCGCCCGGCCUCCAGGCCGAGAUCGCAGAGCGGCUGGACGCGCUGACCGUGGCCAGCGGGCGCCAGGACGACCAUGGCGUGGCCCCCUCCCCCUCGGGCCGGGCGACGGCGGACGACUGGCUGGAAUGGCAGGUGCGGCGGAGGCUGGGCCUGCGCCGCGCGCUGGGCAUGGACACGCGCGGGCGGCGGUACUGGGCACUGGGCGGCGCGGCGGGGGCCUUCCGCGUCUUCUGCGAGCGCGUGCUGGAGUCGGCGGCCGGCUGCGCGGGCGAUGGUGUGGCGCGGCAGGAUGGCGCGCCGACGACCCCGGCGACAGACGCCUCCAGCCCGGCGGCGACGACAAGCGCAGCGUCCUCGGGCUGGGGCUGGUACGAGGGCGCGGGCGUGGCGGCGCUGCGCGCCUGGCUGGCGGCAGGCGGCAUGCGGCGCGAGGCGGGCCUGCUGGCCACUCUGGCCGACGCGCCCUGGCCCACCGACCAGCUCAGGCCGGGCCGCCCCGCGUCGGCAGUGGAGCUGAGCUCGCUGCGCGCGGACGGGUACCGCGGGCUGGUGGCCCCGCUGCUGCGUGGCGACUGGCAGUGCGCGCGCGGAGGCGUGUACGCCAGUGCAGAGGCGCGGCUGGCGGGCGCGCUGGACGCGCUGCUGGGCGCGGUCCCGCUCUGGUUCCGGGGCGAGGUGUUGCAGCGCCAGCACCUGGCCAUCGGCGAGGCGCUGGCAGGCGGCGUGGGGCCGCGCGAGGCCGGCAUCGCCGUGGCCGAGACCGAGCGCCUGCUGGCGCUGGAGGGCGUGCUGGGCGGCGAGUGGCGCGACGUGUGGCAGGUGGUCUGGCGCCGCGGGCUCAGCCUCAUCUCCGACGUGCGCGAGGCAGCCAUGUACGCCGCCGCGCUGCAGCGCCACGCCUUCUCCCCGGACGUCGUGCCUCGCCCCGUCUUUGAGCGCCUGAUGGCCGAGGCCAACUGUCACCUGGUCCUGCCCUUCCCGGGGGACAGCGUGGUCAUCUUGCGCUCCGGCGCCCUCAUGCACAUCGACAGGUACAUGGAGGUGCUGGGCAUCGCCGAGGAUUCGGAGGAGCCCAAGCAUGCGGCAACCGUCCUACCUGGUAUCGACGAUGCGAUGGACACCGACAACCCAGGCCCCUCCCCCGUCCCCUACCCCGUCCGCGACGCGAGCGUCGCCAGGGUCAAGGGUGACUGGGCGGCCCUGAGGGCGCGCGUGGCGACGGCCGGCCAUGUGGGGCGAUACACCGUGCGCUCCAUUGUGUACCGCCGUCACCUGGUUGACGAGGCGGACGCGGCAGAGGGCUCUGCAGUGCGCCGCCCCGUGGCCUGGUUGUUCCUGCGCCCGGCGCGCUUCGGCCCGCCGGCGCAGCUGCCGCGCCAGGACCUAGUGCUCCCCCUGGCCGCCGACCCGGGCCUGCCAGACUUCCUGGUGCCCACCGAGGCGUUCGUGGAGCACAUGCGAGUGUCCUGGCUGCCGGGCGACCGCUUCCGCCUGCACCCCACCAGCAUCAAGGCCCGGGCGCAGCGCCGCGCCAAGUCGGGCAUCCUGACGCAGCGCGGCACGGUGGUGGACCUGGUCAGCGCCGCGCCCGGCCCCGGCGCCGACCCGGUCCAGCGUGCGGCCUACGACCCCUUCCGCUCCGUGGUGGUGCUCUGGGACCGGGCGUUCGAGGGCGAGGAGGUGGCGCUGAGCCCCUGGGACCUGGAGGUGGACCCCGAGGACGAGCGGCGGCGCGUGGAGGAGGCGCGGCGGCAGCAGCAGGCCGCCGCGCGCGCGCUGCGGGCGCGCGGCGCGCGGCGCGCCGGCGAGGACGCGGAGCAGGACGCGGAGGAGGCGCGCCUGCGCGCCCUGCUGCACCAGGGCAGCCGCGCCGAGGAGCUCCUGCGCGCCUAUGAGAGCAAACCGGUGCCCGGCCCCGAGGACACCACCUUCAACGAGGAGGUGCACGGCUGGCAGAGGGCGGCUGCCGCCUCCCCCCUGCAGACGCUCAUGGAGAUCGCGGCGGAGGUGCUGUCUGCACUGAAGCCCCUCUCCCCCGACGAGUUCACCACGCUGCUGACCAACUUCUACCGCGGGCUGAAGGGCAAGUACAAGGUGCCCACCUUUGCGCAUCGCGACCUCGACCUGCACACCGUCUUCUGGGCGGUGAGCGCGCGGGGCGGGUACGAGACCGUCACCGCCGGCAAGCAGUGGAAGGAGAUCUGCCGCUGCCUGGACGUGGACCUGACGGGGCAGACCUCCGCCUCCUACAACAUGCGACUCAACUACGAGCGCUGCCUGCUGGACUUUGAGAAUUACCUGGCCAGCGGGAAGUACGAGGAGGACCUGGCCGCCGGCGCAGCCCCUGUGCACACUCACCUCACAGACCCUAGCGUGCACCGCUUCACCAUCCCCGGCGCCUAUCGGGAGCGGGAACGCGUGGGACAGACCCUUGCCACGCUGGGCGAGGCGGCGGUGGGGCGCCGCGUGGACCGCUACUGGCCCGAGGAGGGCGGCUGGUGGGCCGCGGAGAUCACCGGCUACCGCGCCGAGACGGGGGAGCACGCGCUGACCUACGCGCGGGGCACCGCGGACGAGAGCUUCGAGUGGGCCGACCUGUCCGAGUUCCACGACACCGAGCUGCGGCUGGGGGAGGAGGACGAGGGGAAUGGGGAGGAUGGCGGGCCGGCGUGA